AAAAUAAAAAACAUACACAUAACUGCAUUGUUCGUAAUCAAGUUGGAGUCAACUCCCAAUCGUGAAUGAAUAAUUUAGAUCAGUUUGUGAAUCAAUUCAACCGAAUCAUUGAUUCAUUCACGAAUAGGAAAUCGCUAGUAGGCGGCGCACAUGCAAACACGUGUGGUCGGAUUGCUACAUGUAAACACCAAAGUCUUAAUACGUUCCCAAAGAGUUUUUUAUAUUAAACGACUACUCGUAAUAUUGACGGGCACCCAGUUUAACCCGCAUGGUGUUUGCUGUGCUGAAGAAAUGUUUGUGGCGGCUUUUUCGGAGCAGGAGCAGAGAGAACUAGCUGAGAAGCUGACUUCGCUCUUGUCAACCUACAGACACAUAUCAGACUCCUACAUAAUAGAGUUCUUCAGUGAGAGUUUGUGGGACACUUUGCCUGUGAGCUGGCAGGACGCCCUCGGUGAUCUUACACCCCCACAGAUCGCUGAUCUGCUGCUGGAUAAAGAGAUUAAGGACAGGCGGUACCCAUCUGUGUGGCCUCUGUCCUUACUGGCACUGCGGACAGCAGCACAUGUGCUGUCGUUUCCACGUAAAGCACCAGAUGGGCACGGUCAGGACAUAGGUGCAGCAGUGCCUGAGGAGUUUCAGUCGAACCAGAGUCAGAGUUCUUUGUUAGGACACAUUUUUCGUAAACACGUCAAGCCCAAGAAGCAGCACGAAAUCAGAAGACUAGGCACGCUGGUCAAGAAGCUGUGUGAUCAGGUUAACUGUAGCUGUGUGGUUGAUGUUGGGUCUGGACAGGGCCAUUUGACACGGUUUCUGUCUUUUGGACUUGGCCUGGAUGUCACUGGAAUUGAGGCUGACCCUAACCUUGUUUUUAUGGCAACCAAAUUUGAUAGACAGCUUCUAUUGACACUCACCAAAGAGAAUCAAAAGUCAGGAAACACUCAAAGUCUUCAUUCUGCACCUGGUCCUUCUCCUCGUCAUGUGGUGGGCUGGGUCAACCCGAAGGCUUCAUGGGAUGUCUUCAUUCAGCAGCUUGGUGUGACAGCAACUGAAAGUGACAGUAUUGGAGCAACCUCUGGGCCAUAUGAAAAGAAACAACGGGUGGAGGAAAUUAAUCUAGAGCCGCAUUCAUGCCAAAUCAGAGUGGGAGAGUUACAAAAUACAUCACAUACUAAUAAAACUGACAUCAAUAGUUCAGACUCCGUAACCCAAAUAAACACUGGGGUUACUCCAUCAGGGAUGGCAACUGAAAUGCUUACUUGUAAACCCAUACCAGUUACUGAUUGUGAUGCCAAAAAACCUGCUCGUUUUGUACUCACCGGUCUUCAUGCAUGUGGAGACCUUAGCUCUACACUUCUUCGUCAUUUUGCCAACUGCCCGUACGUUCAGGUCAUCACAUCUGUCGCUUGCUGCUACAUGAAAAUCUCAACCCAGGAGAACCCAAACCCUCCUGGCAUUUUCCAUCCCCCAUGUUCUGCAGACACUGCGGAGGAUUCUUGUUUAGAAUUUGGUUAUCCAAUGAGUGACUGGGUACAUGGAUUACCAGGGCACCAGUUGUCUUAUAAGGCACGAGAGGGAGCGUGUCAUGCAAUAGAGGACUAUCUCCACCGACUGAGAGAGGACAGCGGCUUACUGAGGACACACUGCUACAGAGCCAUCUUAGAAAGCAUCAUCAGAGCGGAGAGGCCUGAUAUGCGCAGACCAGGAGUUCAGACUGUUCGGAAAGCCCACAACCUGUCAUUUUCAGAGUAUGCUCGUUUGGCAUUGCCAAGGGUGGGCCUACCUGCUGAUCUCCCAUUUGACUCUGACGCUGUGGAUGCAAUGCUAGCGCAGCAGGGUAGAGUGGUGGCGUACUUCAGCCUGGUUCUUCUCCUCGCACCUGUGGUGGAAACCCUAGUGUUACUGGACCGAAUGAUUUUUCUGCAGGAGAGAGGUUUCCAGAGUGAACUCAUCCCACUCUUUGAUGCUGCUUUUUCCCCACGAAACCUGGUACUGGUUGCCGUCAAGCCCAAAGAAGCACAGAGCGGAAUGAAAUAACAUACACUGAGAUAUUUGAAUCCAAGUUCUGACUCACAACCACAUAAUUAGAUUAACAGUUACAUUUUAUGAGUAAAAUGCCCUUAAAUGAACCGUCUGACAUUAGAAAACUGAAAUUAGAGGUCUGAUUUUCCAUUUUCCAGAGUGACCCAUUAAUGGCUCAUUGUCAUUUUUUUCCCGUCAUACUUUCCUUCACUUAGAAGCAAAAACUGUCCCACAUUUUAAAUCAGAUUUUGUCUGAAUAGGAGAGAGGGAAAUUCUUCUUUUAAAUUAGAAAUUUUAAUAUAUGAUUUUCAUAUUUUUAACUCUAUUAAAAAGACAUAAGACACUCAAACUGUUUUGUGUUUUUUCAAAGCUGUCAGACUGGAUUUAUUGGAUAAAAUAUUCUCUUUUUUUUUUUUUUUAAGGCACAGGAUUUUUUAUUACACUGGGCAAAGUUGCUAUCAUCUAUGGUUCAUCUCUAUUACAAAAGAGACAAAUUCAGACCAAGAAUCUCAUAUAUGACUGCAGGUGUAUGAAUGUUCUAUUUUGUAAAUAAAUAAAAAAAAAAAUUUAAUAAAAAGGUUGACAUGUCUGAUUUUAACCUAUAGAUGGCACUCUUAAUAUAAAAUCAGGUCAAACCUUCAAAGACAGUAAGCACCCAUGAUAUUUCUAGUAUGUAAAGUAUGCUGCAGUCACAGAGACUCAUUUCUUUGCUCAUUUCAACUAUAAGCACUGAUGUAUUAGAAUUGUUCAAUAAAAUAAUUUAACAAUUUAAUUCCAUAAAAGAGGUACAUCUAAAAAAUAGAAUAUCAUGGAAGAGGUCUUAAUGUUUUGUAAUUUAAUAAAAAAAAAAGCAAAUAGGUCAGGUGAGUUGGCUGGCCAAUCAAGCACAGUAAUAUCAUGGUCAUCAAACCACUUGGUAGUGGAUUUGGCACUGUGGACAGGUGCUAAAGUCCUGCUGCAAAAUGAAAUCAGCAUCUCCAUAAAGCUUGUCAGCAGAUG